AUGGACGACUCGAACAUGUUCAUCCAGUGGGCAAUGGAGACGCUUGAGCAGGAGCAGGACGGCGCCGCCACCGGACACGUCUUCCCGUCGUCAGUCCUGGAGCUCGACAACUCGGCGGCGCCGCAGAACGGCACGCACAUGGCGGCCUACCGACACAGAGCCACGGACAGCUGGAGCUCAGGCGACAGUGGCGCCGCGGUGGCCGUGGAGAACGACGGCUGGUCGUCCAACUGCAGUACCAACCACCCGGCCGCGAGCUGGAACUUCACCUCGGUCAUACCGCAUCCGCCCAGCAUUAUCGAGGAGGCCACCCCGAGCCCACCCGCAGCUCCCAGCCACGUCGUGCCGGAGAUGGCGCAGAGGUCGCCGCAGUCGAGGAAAUCCUCAGGCGCCAGUACAGGGAUGGUGCCGACCGUGCAGGAACACGUCAUGGCGGAGCGGAAGCGCCGGGAGAAGAUCAACCGACGCUUCAUCGAGCUCUCCACCGUCAUCCCCGGCCUCAAGAAGAUGGACAAGGCGACCAUAUUGUCCGACGCGGUGAGGUACGUCAAGGAGCAGCAGGAGAAGCUCAAGGCACUCCAGGACCGUGACGUGAGGAGCAUCGACUCCGUCGUGCUAGUGAAGAGGCCGUGCAUCUCCAACAGCGAUGAUGGCUGUCCGUCACCGCCGCCGUCAGCAGCAGCUGGAGGAGGUCCGCCGACGACAAGGAUCCCAUUGCCGGAGAUCGAGGCGAGGAUCUCGGAGAGCAAUGUGUUGGUGAGGAUCCACUGCCUGGACGGCAAAGGGGUCCUUGUCAUGUUGCUCGCCGAGGUCGAGGGGCUCCACCUUAGCAUCACGCACACCAAUGUCGUGUCUUUCCCGGCUUCCACUCUGAUCAUAAACCUCAUGGCGAAGGCAAACGAGGGCUUCACUGUCACAGCGGACGACAUUGUAUGGAAGCUCGACUCUGCUUUGCGCCGACAUCAUAGCGGCAAAUGA